AACGGGUUCAACCCAUUUCGGAUCCUGACCCAUUUUUUUCCUUGCUCUGGCGUCUUUCUGGCUUAAAGAAAACUACCCCUUCAGGAGUUCCCGUUGUUGCUGUUGAAAGGACACACCGUUGGCUGUGGUCCAGAAAGCUAGCCGCUUUAAAUUCCGUGGUGUUUCUCUUUGAUUUAUCAAAUUAUCAUUAUCUAUGCAGCUUUCGUUUAUGGUACCUUUCAAAACUCCGAGCAAAUUUGGUUCUCUUGACUCAAGUGAUGUUCAACUGAUCUCUGUGGAAAUACGUCACUGGGUAUGAUCAAAGUUUUUUAAUUUACUAGUUUUCUGGAAUUUGGUAGGCUCGAAGAAGAAGAGGAGGAAGUUUAAAGAAGUUGUUUUGUGCCGUCAAGUUCAUCCAUGGUUUUCAUUCAUGAAUGAGGUCACUGAGCGCACUCAUUGAGAGCUCUACGCGUUCUGUUAACAAUAUUUUGGCAGCACAUUCUUGGGGAAUAAAAGCAGGAACUGUUUCCGAGGUUUACACUGCAAACAAUAUCCUUAGUGGGUACACAAAAUGCGGAGAAUUAGGUGUUGCCCAAUCUCUGUUCGACGAAAUGCCGCACAGAGAUACCGUUACUUGGAAUACUAUGAUCGGUGGAUUUGUAAACUCUGGGAAAUUCGAGACUGCUUUGGAGUGUUAUAAAGACAUGGAAAGAUUUGGGUUUAAAGCUGAUUUAUAUUCCUUUGGGAGUAUACUUAAGGGAGUGGCUUCUACUUCUCAGCUUCAGCUUGGGCAACAAGUGCAUUCGAUGAUUGUGAAAUUGGGUCAUGAGGGAAAUAUUUAUGCAGGCAGUGCUCUUCUGAACAUGUAUGCCAAAUGUGAUAGAGUUGACGAUGCAUAUGAGGUGUUCCAAUGCAUACCAGAACGUAAUUCUGUGUCAUGGAAUGCGCUUAUUGCUGGAUUCGCUCAAGUUGGUGGUCGUGAAACUGCAUUUUGUCUUUUUGAUUGUAUGGAGUGUGAAGGUGCGAGGCUUGAUGAUGGCACAUUUGCUCCACUUAUGACAAUGCUUGACAAUACAGAGUUCUAUAACUUAACCAAUCAAAUGCAUGCAAAGAUCAUCAAACACGGGUUGACAUCAUAUAAUACUGUGUGUAAUGCGGCAAUCACUUCAUAUUCAGCAUGUGGUUCCGUUGAAGACGCUAGAAAAGUGUUCAACAGUGCUGUUACAAACGGAGAUUUGGUUACAUGGAAUUCUAUGUUAGCUGCUUACGCAGCACAUGGUAAAGAAGAGCUGGCGUUUGAACUUUUUCUUGACAUGCAAGCACUUGGCUUUGAUCCAGACGUGUAUACUUAUACCAGUGUCAUGAGUGCUUGCUUUAAAGAAGCACAUAAAAACCGAGGAAAAUCAUUGCAUGCUUUGGCGAUGAAAAGGGGACUCGUACAAACAGUGUCAAUCUCUAAUGCAUUGAUUACAAUGUAUCUCAAAUCAUAUAAUAACUCUGUGGAAGAUGCAUUCAGUGUAUUUGAAUUAAUGGAAUCCAAAGAUCGUGUCUCUUGGAAUUCUAUUCUUACAGGUUUCUCGCAAUUUGGGUCUUGCGAAGAUGCCUUGAAAUUCUUUGGUCAUAUGAGAUCUUUGCAGGUAGAAAUUGAUCAAUAUGCCUUCUCAGCUGUUCUCAGAUCCUGCUCAGACUUGGCAACUCUCCAGUUGGGUCAGCAGGUGCAUGCCUUGGCAAUUAAAUCUGGUUUUGAGUCCAAUGACUAUGUCGGCAGUUUGUUGAUUUUUAUGUAUUCCAAGUGUGGGAUCGUGGAAGAUGCUAGAAAAUCCUUUGAUGAGACUCCAAAAGACACCGCAGUAACUUGGAAUUCGAUAAUCUUCGCUUAUGCACAACAUGGGCAGGGUAAUGUUGCACUUGACCUUUUCUUCCUAAUGAGAGAGAGAAAGGUGAAGCUAGAUCACAUAACCUUCGUUGCAGUUCUAACUGCAUGCAGCCAUGUUGGUUUGGUGGAAGAAGGAUUUGGUUUCCUCCAAUCUAUGGAACCUGACUAUAAUAUUCCACCUCGGAUGGAGCAUUAUGCUUGUGCAGUUGAUCUAUUUGGACGAGCUGGGCGUCUGGAUGAAGCACGAGCCUUGAUUGAAUCAAUGCCAUUUGAACCUGACAUAAUGGUGUGGAAAACUUUAAUGGGUGCUUGCCGAAUUUGUGGAAACAUUGAAUUAGCUAGUCGGGUUGCAACUCAUCUGCUGGAGCUGGAACCUGAGGAACACUGCACUUAUGUUCUCCUUUCAGACAUGUACGGGCGUCUUAAAAAAUGGGAUGACAAAGCUAGUAUAACGAGGCUGAUGAGGGAGAGGAAGGUGAAAAAGGUUCCUGGAUGGAGUUGGAUAGAGGUUAAGAAUCAGGUCCAUGCUUUCAAUGCUGAAGACAGAUCUCACCUUCACAGCCAUGAAAUAUACCAGAGACUGGGAGAACUGACAGAGGAAAUCAUGUGGUUUGAUAGUCUUGCAAGAUCAGAUGUUUUACAUGAUUUCCUGAUCAUUACUUGCGUCUGAAUUAUGAAGAUGCAGGGUCCUAGACCAUUUUUUGUUCUUUCCUGUCAUAUUUAAACAGUAAAUGGAAUUGAUGCAAGAGGACUUGUUAUUUAUCCUAGAAUCCUUACUGCAUAAAACAGUUGGAAACUGAGAUUCUAUAAAGCAGUAGCAUGUUUCAAUUAA